CAGAUGUUUUUAUAUUCAACACAGUAUAAAUAUGAUGAAAUUCCUGCUUCUGAACUUCCAGCUCCCAUUGUAGGUACUUACAGUAAAGCUCAAAAAUGAGGAUUCCCGUCACCACCCUGCUGCUGAUUAUGAUGGCCUUUCACGAAUCUAGUGGUGGAAUACCCAUUAAGAAGCGUAACUGUGAUGAAAUCUGCCCAGAGAACUUUGUUGCUUUUCUGGGUCAAUGUUAUCAAUAUUUUGGAAAGCAGACAACUUGGAGUGAGGCAGAGGAAAGCUGCAAACACUAUGAAGGCCAUCUUGCCUCAGUUCCCAGUGCUGAAGUCAGCGAUUUUAUCAUUUCGCUAAUUAAAAAGAGCAAUGGCAACACAUUAGCAGCAACAUGGCUUGGAGGAUAUAACACAGUCCAGGACAGUACCUUUAAGUGGACAGAUGGAUCAAAAUUUGGCUUCCAGCAUUGGAAUGAAAAUCAACCUGACAAUUCUGGAGGAUAUGAGCACUGUGUUCACAUCAUUGGUGGCAGUACUGGAGUUUGGAAUGACUUGUCAUGCUCUACUAAAAUGUCUUAUGUUUGCGCCAUUUGAGACUGCAUCAUCAGCUGAUUUUUUUUAAAAAGUAGUUUUGCUGAUUAAUUCAAGUACUUUAUAUAAUAAAGAACUCUGU